AUGUCGGACUUGUUCAGGACCCCAGAUACCCGAAGGGACUGGGCUAAGCCCUUCAGAGACCUCGGGCAUUCGGAAAUCAGUCUGAGCGCAAUGCCGCUAUUCGAGCUUCACGUAUGGGGCAAGGCUUUUGGCCUUGACUCCAUUGAUGCAGAGUGUCUCGCUGCUAUCAAGUUCUGCUCUCAUGCCUUCAGCUCCAAGGGUAGGACGCACGAAUGGAGCCUAGUCGAAAGCAGCGACCCCUCCAUAUCUCCAGCUCAUCACCUUCCCGCCCUCCUUCACGAUGGCGCCUGGAUCAGCGGCUACCGCGACAUCAUCCCUUACCUUACCUCCCGCCUCCACCUCUCCGACUCUCGGACGCCUGUCCAGUGCGCCGACGCCCUCGCCUACGAAACCUACCUCACCUCCCGCAUCUCUACCCUCAUCGACCUGUCCCUCUAUGCGUCUUCCACCAACUGGGCCGCUAGAUUUGGUUUCGGUGAGCUGGAGGCCGACGGACGGGAUGCGGGCGAGGACGAAGAGGAGGAGCCAUCACCCGCCUUUCGGUGGAAGGGGCUUACCCUGCGCAAGAAGACGGUGGUAGAGGCCAUGACCGCGGAGCAGAUGAUUGGCAUAAGACUAUAUUCCUUUGCCAAGGACGCGCUCGAGACCAUACGGGACGGCGCCGUAGAUGAUGCCGUCAUCCUCGGCAAAGAGGGACAAUAUUCUUCGACGGCGUGGCUGCUCUACGCUCACCUCGCGCUCAUGCUUGCUCCGGAAGUCCCCCAGCGCUGGCUGUCCACGCUCAUUCACACCGACUUCCCCCAGCUCGUUGAGCUCUACGACAAACUUGGCUCGCCGCCCCGGCUUGGCAAUAAGAUUGUCCCGGCGAUACCCUAUAGCCAUACCAAGCUCUCGACGGCGACGCGCUUCUUCCACGACGUUAUUCAGUGCGUCCCCACCAUCGGCCACAUAUACACUGCGGAUUGGCGUCGUCGUAACGCGGAAAACAUUCGCGGCCUCGACGCCCGCUCUUCCAUCCUCCUCUCCGCAGCGCUUCUCUCCAUCCCCUCCCUCGUCUACUUGUAUCGUCUCUCUAGUACCUCCCUCUUCCCCGUCGUGAGGGCCCAGGCCCGACCCCAUGUCUGGUAUGUCGAGAAGAAGGGCCGUGGUCUCGGCCGUUUUGGCGAAAUCGGCGCCAUGCUUGACUUCACAAUGAGCGCUGUAGGUGGCGCAGGAAGUGACGAGGGUUGGGGAUAUGGGCCUUCCAUCUAUUCAGUGGACGCGGGGAACAACGUAGAGCUAGAUGCUAGGCCGUAG